AUGCAGAAGCUAGGAUUCCCAAUCUCUAAGAGCUUGGAUCAAUUCAAAUCGUUGUACGGUUCGGUAUCGGGAACUGCCAAACCACUAUCAUCGCUCUCUUCGCGUCCUUCCGCAGAUUCCACUUCACCGGGGAGUUUUGCGAAUUUGAAGCUCACCGCAGAGAAAUUGGUGAAAGAGCAAGCUUCGGUGAAGACUGAUCUUGAAAUUGCGAAUACUAAGCUUAAGAAAUCGCUGGAGCAUAUCCACGCAUUGGAAGAAAAAUUGCAGAAUGCCUUUAACGAAAAUGCGAAGCUCAAGGUCAAGCAGAAGGAAGAUGAGAAACUCUGGAAGGGACUGGAAUCUAAGUUCUCAUCGACUAAGACUUUGUGCGAUCAACUUACUGAGACUUUACAGCAGUUGGCUUGUCUAGUUCAGGAUGCCGAGAAAGAUAAGGAAACGUUGGAAAAUAAACUGUUGGCAAGUUCAGAAGCUCUUGAUAGCUUGAAUAAACAGAUGGAUGGUUUGUCUUUGAAGCUAGGUUCUGCAGAGGAAACAAUUAGAACUCGUGAUACUGAGCUCCAGGAGCUAAAAUUUGCUACAGAAGAAAGGGAGAAUUGUCACAGAGAUGAACAGAGCAGAGCUGCCAAUGUUAUACAAGAGAAGGAUAAUAUGAUAAAGAAUUUAGAAGGAAUGUUAACAUCUAGUAGAUUGGCCACAGAGAGUUUGAACUCAAAGUUGGGAGAGGUUCAUCUUCAGUUAAAAGUCAAAGAAGAUGAAAUUAUGCAUCACAUAAUCAGUCAUGAGAAAUUGGAGAUGGAAAAGAGUGAUCUUCAAUUGUGUAAUGCUGAGCUUACUGGAAAACUUGACACGUCACUUAGGGAAAUCAAAGAUCUUGAAGGAUUACUUCAGGUGUUGGCUGCACAUUUGCUAAAUUUAGACAAAGAAAGCUUGAACCUCUUGAGCAAGUUUGAUGAAAUGAAAUCUCUUUAUGAUUCUUGCUUCAAGUUGGUCCAGCAGGAGAGAGAAGCUUUCUCUAAGCAUGCUCAAAACCAGUAUGGUGAGCUUAACAAUAAAUUCUUGAUCUUGGCAUCAGAAAAGGAUGCAACUCAAAUGAUAAAUUAUGAGUUAAGCAAUAGAGUGAAUGAACUUCAAAAAGUCCUAGAGUCUGCUGUAACGCAGCAUACAGAGGAAUGUCGAUUAGCAGCUGAGAGAAUUCAGAGUUUAGAGUCAGAAGCUGAAACAUUAAUCUCAAAAAAGACAGAAGCAGAGGACUUAAUUUCCAAAUUAGAGGAGAAAGCUGGAAUUCUGUUAGAAAGUUCUAGGUCAUCGGAGAAUCAAAUGCAAGGUUUAUUGCUGAAAGUUGCAGCAUUAGAGACUGAAAGCAAAGAAAAUAAGGAAACACUGCAGGCAGAGAUACUGAUGAAAUCAGAGGAAAUAGAAACUUUGCAAAAGGAGAAAAUGAAACUAGAGCAACAUGUAGAUUCUCUUGAUAAAGAAGUCAGCCUGCUUCAUAAUCUCUCAGAGGAAAAAGAACAGUGUAUUUUGCAGUUUAAGGAACAGGAGAAGAAGCUGGAAGAUCAGAUCACAAAGAAUCAAUCAUUAUUGACUGCUGCUGAAAGUAAACUUUCAGAAGCUAGAAAGCAAUAUGAUCAAAUGCUUGAGAAUAAGCAGUUGGAAUUAUCAAGGAAUUUGAAAGAAAUAUCUCUUAGAAAUGAUCAGGCAAUUAAUGAAAUUAAGAGGAAAUAUGAGCUGGAGAAGAUGGAAAUUGUCAACAUGGAAAAGGACAAGGCUGACAAGGCUAUUGCAGAAAUUGAGGGACGGUGUGAGCAAAAACUUGCAGAAUGCAAAGAAGAAUCAAGGCAGGAGUUAAUGCGCAUUCAGGAGGAACACACUGGGCUGGUUACUCAAAUACAGCAGGAGCAUGACAAGAGGCAACUAAGCCUGAUAACUGAACACAGUGAACAGCUAAAGCGUACCCAACUGCAAGCUGAAAAUGAGCUGAGAGAGAAAACAGCGUCUCUGAAGGGUGAACAUGAAGUUCAGAUUAAAGCACUGAGGUGUGAACUUGAAGAUGAGUGUCAAAAGCUGGAAGAGGAGUUGCAUGUCCAGAAAUCCAAAGAAGACAGGCAAAGGGCUUUGUUACAGUUGCAGUGGAAAGUGAUGAGUGACAAGCCAAAAGAGAACCAAGAAGUGAAUUCAAAACAGGAUUACUCCGUUUCAUCAAUUAAGAGGAGGAGUUCUUGCGGUGGCAAAAGAAGUCAGCAUGACCUAGUAAGAAUGGAAAUCGAAAGAAAGGACUCUCCUUACAUUGAAGUAACACAAACACCAGUGCCAAAGUUGUUGAAGAAAGUGGAGAAUGUAAAAACAGGAAGUGCUAUGAGCAUUCCUAAGCAUCAUAGAAAGGUAACUCGCCAUGAAUACGAAGUUGAGACUUCUAAUGGAAGAACAAUUACAAAGAAAAGGAAAACAAGAAGUACUGUCAUGUUUGAGGACCCAAGAAAACGUAAAAUAAAUACACCGAAAGCAAAUACUCCUGGAAGUGUUGUCAAGAGUAUGAAGGAAGGAGGUCAUCCUCAUCCUUCAAAUAUUGGUGAUUUGUUUUCAGAAGGGUCUCUGAAUCCAUAUGCAGAUGAUCCCUAUGCAUUUGAUUAGAGAAAGCUAUUGGAUGUUUGAUGACAGUGUCUCUGCGGCAUCACAAGAUAUAUUUUUUAAGUCUGAUUUUCUAGGAGCAAUUGUGUAUUUGUGUUGCAUUCUGCACAAAUCACAGCUUCAUCAAAUGUUCAGAUAUGGAAAAUUAG